GGUUUCGUCAAUUUCUUUCGUUUACAAGUCAAUUCAUAAAAUAAAAAUACUCAGAUGAGGCCUUCUUUCCAUUUCUUCUUCUUCUCUCCCAAACUAAUAACAAACCGUUAGGGUCUUCGUCGUCGUCUCUUCACUCCUCGAGUACAUCAAUCAGCUGUGUUAAAUCCCAAAGAGUCAUAAACAACAGAAUGGAUCAAGACACACUCCCACCUCAUGUGCUGAUAUUCCCCUUGCCAUUGCAAGGCCCUGUGAACUCCAUGUUCAAGCUAGCCGAGCUUCUAUGCCUCUCGGGUCUCCAUGUCACCUUCCUUGUCACUGAUCAUAUCCAUGCCCGACUCCUCAAAUACUCCAAUAUACAGUCCCGCUUUGAUGGUUAUCCAGGUUUCCGCUUAGAAACCAUAUCCGAUGGCCUUCCAGAUGAUCAUCCGCGCUCUGGAGAUGUACUUAUGGAAAUGUUUGACUCUUUAAAAACCAAAAACAAAAUCCUCUUCAAUGAUCUCUUGACUUCUGGCAAACUAAAUUCAGAUUUACGCAGACCGGUCACUUGUAUAAUUGCAGAUGGAAUUAUGGGGUAUACUUGUGAUGUAGCUAAUGAUGUAGGAAUACCCAUUAUAUUUGUUCGUACAAUCAGUGCUUGUUGUCUGUGGGUUUUCUUUUGUCUUCCUAAGCUCAUUGGAUCUGGCGAACUCCCAUUUGCAGGAAAUGACUUGGACACACCAAUAAAGAGCAUUCCAGGCAUGGAAGGAUUCUUAAGGCGCCGUGAUCUUCCAUUGUUCUGUCGUUCUGGCAACUUAUCGGACCCGAACUUAAAGCUCUAUCUCCCCGAAGUUACAGAAAACCCAAGAGCUCAUGGGCUUAUACUCAACACCUUUGAUGAUCUAGAGUGUCCAAUACUUUCCCAAAUACAAACUUCUUGUCCGAAUCUAUACACCAUUGGCCCACUGCAUUCCCAUCUGAAGUAUAAACUAGCAGGAGAAUCAUCCUCAUCACUGCCUUCUACAAAUAGCCUGUGGAAAGAAGACAUGAGUUGCCUUACAUGGCUGGACUCACAACCACCAAAAUCCGUGAUUUAUGUUAGCUUCGGAAGUCUUGUUGUAAUGACAAAGGAGCAGUACAUGGAGUUCUGGCAUGGGCUGGUGAACAGUGGGUCCCGUUUCUUGUGGGUCGUUCGGCCAGAUUCGGUCACCAGUGACUCGACUGCAAUCCCACCGGAACUGGCUCAAGGCACAAAAGAGAGAGGCUACAUCAUCGGUUGGGCACCACAAGAGGAGGUCUUGGCCCACAGUGCCGUGGGGGGGUUUUUAACACACAGUGGGUGGAAUUCGACGCUGGAAAGUUUGAUUGAAGGCGUGCCAAUGAUUUGUUGGCCUUAUUUCUUGGACCAACAAGUGAACAGUAGAUUUGUGGGGGAAGUGUGGAAGUUGGGUCUGGACAUGAAGGAUAGUUGCGACAGAGUGAUUGUAGGGAAGAUGGUGAGAGAUUUGAUGGAGGAAAGGAGAGAUGAGUUUAGGAGGUCAGCGGAUCAGAUGGCGAACUUUGCAAAACAAUGCUUGAUGGAAGGCGGAUCAUCUUAUUCAAAUUUCGAGCGGCUGAUUAAGGACAUCAAAUCUAUGUAAACCCUAUAUCCACGACAUCAAAGCCAGGUACACAGUUUACCCUUGUGUUGAAGCUUAUCAGUGACAUAAGUGUGCAAUCUUUGUUCUAGUUCUGUAACUGAACUUGAAAGUUGAAACAAGUAAUGCUACAAAGAUUUAUUCUGAAAUAAGCAUGUACUUUAGGAAUCUAA